UGGUGAUGGACUUCAUGGAACUGCACAUGGGAGCGGUUUUGUUGUGGGUCCUGGUGUUGGAUUUCGGUGGUUGGGCUGAGGCUGGUAUCCUGUACCGUGUCCAGGAGGAGCAGCCGCCCAGCACGCUGAUAGGCAGCCUGGCAUCAGACCAGGGCCUGCCAGACUCUGGUCACCUUUACAAGCUAGAGGUGGGCGCUCCAUACCUGCGUGUAGAUGGGAAGACAGGGGACAUCUUUACCACAGAAAUUCCCAUAGACAGGGAGACACUGAGAGCCUGCCGCAGCAUGGUCAGGGGCAAACCCUGCUUCCUUGAGUUUGAAGUGUCUGUCACAGAUCUGAUCCACAACCAAAGCCCCAGGCUCAUCGAGGGUCGCAUCGAGGUCCAGGACAUCAACGACAACACUCCGCAAUUCCCCUCCCCUGUGCUCACAAUCUCUGUCCCAGAAAACACCCACAUGGGGGCGCUGUUCUCCAUCCCCCUGGCCACAGACAGGGACUCGGAGAGGAACAGGGUGGCCGACUACGCCCUAACCGCGGGGCCAGAUGCAGCGACUCUCUUCGGCCUGCAAGUGGCAGAGGACAGGGGAGAGAAGCUGCCCCAACUCAUCGUCCUGGGAAGUCUGGACCGGGAGCUCAAGGACAGUUACGACCUGAACAUUAAGGCUGUGGAUGGAGGUAACCCCCAGCGCUACAGCAGUGCCUUGCUGAGAGUGGUAGUUGCUGACGCAAACGACAAUGCGCCAAAGUUUGACAAGGCCACGUAUGAGGCUGAAGUGUCAGAAAACAGCCCUGUGGGACAUUCCGUGUUGCAGGUGAAAGCCAAUGACUCUGACAUGGGCCCCAAUGGAGAGAUAGAGUAUACGCUACACCAGGCAUUAGACCCAGUGCCAAAACUCCUGCGAAUUGAUCGUUCCACUGGCAUCAUCUAUGUCAAAGGGCCUUUGGAUCGGGAAGAAAUCAGCGAUUUGACAUUUUACGUAGUGGCCAGAGACAAAGGUCCCCAACCCAAAAGUUCCAAGACCUUUGUUACUAUCGAGGUGACUGACCAGAACGACAAUUCCCCUGCUGUGGAGAUCCGUGGGAUCGGCCUGGUGAGCCACAGUGACGGUGUGGCAAACAUAUCAGAGGACAUGCCCGUGGGCACGGCGGUGGCCUUGGUCCAGGUGUCUGACAGGGAUGAGGGGGAGAAUGCAGUGGUCACCUGUGUGGUGGCAGGGGACGUGCCUUUCCAGCUGCGCCCGGCCAGUGAAUCGUCCACUGACAACAAGAGAAAAUAUUUCCUGCAGACCACCACCCCACUGGACUAUGAGAAGGUAAGGGAAUACCGUGUGGAGAUUGUGGCUGUUGAUUCUGGCAAUCCAGCUCUCUCCAGUACUAACUCAUUAAAGGUGCAGGUGACUGAUGUUAAUGACAACUCUCCAGUGUUUUCCCUGACCCUGUUCGAGGUUAACUUUACAGAGGAGAACCAGCCAGGGGACAAGGUCGUGGACGUGGUUGCCACAGACCCUGACAGUGGCACUAAUGCAGAGCUUGUCUAUAGCAUCGUAGCAGACACAUCUACUAGAGGCCUGUUUGAGAUUGACCCUGACUCAGGGGAGGUGAGGGCACAAAGCCCUCUGGACAGAGAACAUAGAGCACAUUAUGAGUUCAGGGUCACCGCAGCCGAUAAAGGCUCCCCCAGUCACAGAGGAACAGCCACGGUCGUGGUCAAUGUGCUGGACCGCAAUGACAACGACCCUAAGUUCAUGCUGAGUGGCUACAGUUUCUCUGUUCUGGAGAACAUGCCCCCACUCAGCGCUGUUGGGAUGGUGACGGUGCUGGACAUAGAUCAGGGAGAGAACGCAAGAGUGCAGCUCUCUGUGGAGCCAGACGGAGGAAGGUUUGUGGUUCAGAACGGAACAGGAACCAUCCUGUCCAGCAUCUCCUUUGACCGGGAAAAGGAGAGCAGCUUCAGUUUCCGUCUGAAGGCCGUGGAUGGGGGAGAGCCUCCCAGGUCCUCCUAUGUAGGCAUUACCAUCAAUGUCCUGGAUGAAAACGACAAUGAUCCUGUGGUCACCAAGCCCUCCAACUCCUCCUUCAGACACCUGUCCCCUCUAGGUUCCCCAGACAGCCGUGUGGAGCUAGUGGAAGCUGAAGACCUGGACACUGGGCCCAAUGCAGAGCUGGUCUUCAGCAUCACUGGUGGAAACCCUUAUGAACUCUUCAGCAUCUCCUCCACUACUGGGGAGAUCACCCUGGCCAAGGAGCUGACCCAGAAACAUGGUGGGCUCCAUCGCCUGGUGGUUAGGGUGAGUGACAGAGGCAAGCCUGCACGCCACACUACUGCCCUGGUGCAUAUCUUCGUCAAUGAGACCAUCUCUAAUGUCAGCCUGGUGGAGGCGCUGGUGGGACACAGUCUCUACACGCCUCUGGAGACAGACAUCGCUGGUGACCCUGACUACGGCCUUGCCGCCCAGCGCAGUAACAUCCUGUACGGCAGCCUGGCUGGAGUGGCAGGCGUUGUCAUGGUGAUUGUGGUGGUGGUGUUUAUUCGCCACCGCAUUCAGAGGGAGACGAAGAGUGGCUACCAGGCUGGCAAGAAGGAGACCAAGGACCUUUACACCCCCAAGCAGGGGCCCAAGAACGGCAAAGGCAAGAAGGGCAGGAAAGGAAAGCCCUCUAAGUCGCCCAAGCCCUUGGGAGAGGAGGAAGAGGUCAGCCUCCAGAAGAGUCUCAAGUUCAACCUGGAUGGGGUCAACGACAGCCCCAGGAUCCACCUGCCCCUGACAUAUCCCCCAGGUAGCCCAGACCUGGGCAGACACUACCGCUCCAACUCUCCCCUGCCCUCCAUCCAGCUGCAGGCCCAGUCACCGUCGGCCUCCCAGAAGCAUCAUGUGGUCCAGGACCUCCCUGCCACUAACACCUUCGUAGGGAUAGGAGGAGAUGACAACUCAACAGGUUCAGACCAGUACUCGGAUUAUAGCUACAAGGCCAGCCAGCCAAAGUACAACAGCAAACAGAAACUCUCAGUUCAGAGCAAAUCCAUGCCAUCCAUGAUGUAG